CUCCUCGCACAGCUGACUGUGAAUCACAGGUAGUCUGUCCGAACUGGCUCUCGGCAUACUUGUUGAUCUUCAGGGGAAGCAGCGGUGCGAUAUGUGGGGCAGGAAAGCGGCGGGUAGGCAGUAGAUCUUGCUGAGGAUCUCUCUGCCAUGUCGGAGGCAGAGGGGGGAAUGGAUUGGGUUAGACCCUGGCAAUAGUAAACCAAUAACGGCGCCUCCUUUUUUUUUUUUAAAUGCUUCUGCUUCAUCUGUACUAGCGGAUCGCUUGUUCACGGAGCGAUACGUGCUGGUUUGGUUCAGUGCAGGAUGACAACAACUCACUACGAUACAACAAUGAAGGAAAACAGGACCAACUGUAGUCCAUAGCCCUGGAUGUUUGCCUGCUUCCUCGAAUCUAAAGUCAUCAUGGAGAAAUCCUUGGCAGAGUUAAAUAAAGCGGGCUCGCACUCAACAUCAUCACUGCCACCCGAACCGGUGGACAUCAUUCGCAGUAAGUCAUGUUUCCGCAGAGUCAGGCUGAAUGUUGGGGGUCUCCCGCAUGAAGUCUUGUGGCGAACGUUAGAUAGGCUACCACGGACACGUUUGGGAAAGCUAAGAGAUUGCAACACUCAUGAAUGUCUGAUGGAAGUGUGCGAUGACUACAACCUUGAGGAGAAUGAGUACUUUUUUGACCGACAUCCAGGGGCGUUCACGUCAAUUCUGAACUUCUACCGCACGGGUAAGCUGCACAUGAUGGAAGAAAUGUGCGCCCUGUCAUUCAGUCAAGAACUUGACUACUGGGGCAUUGACGAGAUCUACCUGGAGUCAUGCUGCCAGGCGAGGUACCACCAGAAAAAGGAGCAAAUGAAUGAGGAGCUCAAACGAGAGGCAGACAACAUGAAAGACAGAGAGGGAGAAGAAUUUGACAACACUUGCUGUGCGGAAAAACGAAAGAAACUCUGGGACCUCCUGGAAAAGCCCAGCUCAUCUGUUGCAGCAAAGAUCCUGGCCAUCAUCUCCAUCCUCUUCAUCGUGCUAUCCACCAUUGCCUUGUCUCUGAACACCCUUCCAGAGCUGCAGGACACAGAUGAGUUUGGUCAAUCCUCAGACAACCCACAACUGGCCCACGUGGAAGCUGUAUGUAUUGCCUGGUUUACCAUGGAGUACUUGCUUCGCUUCCUCUCCUCCCCCAGCAAGUGGAAGUUUUUUAAGGGUCCCCUUAAUGUCAUUGACCUGUUGGCCAUCUUGCCCUACUACGUCACCAUCUUCCUGACAGAAUCCAACAAGAGUGUGCUGCAAUUUCAGAACGUCCGCCGCGUGGUACAGAUUUUUCGGAUCAUGCGAAUCCUGCGUAUUCUGAAGCUGGCUCGCCACUCCACGGGCCUUCAGUCUCUGGGUUUCACUCUUAGGAGGAGUUACAAUGAGCUGGGCCUGCUAAUCCUUUUCCUGGCCAUGGGCAUCAUGAUCUUCUCAAGUCUGGUGUUCUUCGCUGAGAAGGAUGAGGAGGAUACAAAGUUUAAAAGCAUUCCAGCUUCUUUCUGGUGGGCGACUAUUACAAUGACCACAGUAGGCUAUGGAGAUAUCUACCCAAAAACUCUACUGGGGAAGAUAGUGGGGGGGUUAUGCUGCAUAGCUGGAGUACUGGUGAUUGCCCUACCUAUUCCCAUUAUUGUAAAUAACUUCUCUGAAUUCUACAAGGAACAGAAGAGGCAGGAAAAAGCACUUAAACGAAGGGAGGCCUUAGAAAGGGCAAAGCGAAAUGGUAGCAUUGUCUCAAUGAACUUGAAAGAGGCGUUUGCUCGUAGUGCAGAACUAAUGGAUGUGGUGGUAGAGAAGAGUGAGAGGCCCCAUGACAACCACCUCUCUCCAAGCCGUUGGAAAUGGACCCCAAAGAGGGCUGCAUCAGAGACAAGCUCAAACCGUUCCUUUAAUGCCCAGGAGUUAGGCUCUCCCAACAAGGCCCGAGACACCAGUCCCCAGAGGCUAAAUGUUCAGAAGCUGGAGGAGAUGUACAAUCAGAUGGCCAAGACACAAUCCCAACCAAACCUCAACGCUAAAGACAGGGGCUCCAGAGUUGGCAAGCAGAGGGAUGAGAUAGAACUGGGGGCCAUCCAAGAUCAUGGGCCACCAGUGCUAGGAACCAGAGAAGGAGUAGGGGACAUGAAAAGCUUGUCCAGCAUUGACAGCUACAUCAGUUGUGCUACAGAUUUCCAGGAGAACCCACGCUUCCCCCAUAGUCCAGCAAUGGAGCUUGGCCUUCAGGAAAGCAACCGGUUCUCCCACAGUCCAGCUAUAGCAUUGUCUCAGCAUGGCAGUGCAAAAACAGGCCAGCAAGCUACUGGGGAGCAUGAGCCCAUGCUGCCCCCCGUGUCUGUUGCAAAGCCCUCAUACUCACAGAAUGCACGGAAAUUCUUCUUUUCUGGCAACUCCUCAAAAACCCUCAUUCCCAAAGGAGGCUGUCGCAGCGAAGGGGAGUCGUGCCUGUCCCCACUCUCAGACAGUUCAGUCCUGUCAGACCACUCUCUGUUAAGCCCUGAAGUUUCUAUCUACACCACUGCCAGCAGCAGAACCCCACCGAAGUCCCCAGAUAGCACUGCCCCAACUGUCUUCACCUUCCAUGACUCCUCCAUCAGCAAAUACAUUGACGCCGAUACAGAUGAUGAUGAGCACCUCCGCGACAUCUCUGAUGCCAGUCCCUCUGAGCGUCUUUUGGCUGGUUCAAGCCCAAAACGCAGCAUGAACAUCAAUUACCAGAAAGGCACCAACCAUUUAGAAGCAGCCCAAAAAUUGCUAGGCCAGAACUGUCUGUUCCCCAUUGAAGGGAUUUGUGGUGUAGCCCAUGAGAAUCACGUAGGUCCUGAGCUGGCACGUAGACCAAAGUUUGAGAGGGGGCGUCAAAAUACUUUAGAUAAAAGCCUCUGAGGUACAAGUGCAGCUGAGAUAAACAGGAAGCUAGGGCCGGAGUGUUUGUGAUGGAGACACUGGAUGGACUAAAAACACUCUAUAAGCCAGAGACAAAGGAAGAGGGAGAGACAAAGAGUCUCACUGAAACAUUUCACAAAUUAGCUGAGUGUGCCAAUGGGCUAUAAGCUCAGGAUGAACAUGUGUGGUGAAUACUCUGGGAGAAAAACACUUCUAAAUUGGAGAAUGUCACUGCCCCUCCUUCAACUCAUUCCUAUUAGCGGUAUUACACACCCACAAAAGAAAAGAUCACUCCCAGGAAGCCAACUGGUUUGUUCAGAGAUCCCUGUGGAAGCAGAGUCAUCAGAGAAAUUUAAAUGUGGCUAUAACUGGUGUAACACAACCAGUGAUGGUUUUAGCAGCAGGGAGGAAAAUUCCUGCUGCCCAGUAUCCCAUUUCUGAGUCCCAGUUCAUUUUGUAGUCUUGAAGAUACAGGAGAAGACUUAGAAGCCUAUAAGCUACGUACUUGUGCCCUCCAUUCCCAAAACUGGCCUUAGUCAUUUACAUUUGUAGGGGUGUGCAUGUCUGCAUAUAAGUAUGUGUGUGCAUGUGUGUGAGUGAGUGUGAAUGUUGAUGGGCGAUCUAAUGGUAAUUCAUGUAUACACACUCUUGAGAUUGUCUUACCUGAUUUAUUUUUAUAUAGAUAAGAGAAAGUUCCUUAUAGAAAUAUGUGAUUUGCUAGUCUGCUGUGUCAUAAUCAUAUGUGAAGAGUAAUCCCGUAUAAGGUUCAAUGUCUUGGCACAGAGGCUACAGUUAACAGAGACUCCAGCCCAACAGCCAUUGUGAAGAGCUCUCUUUCUUGAACAGUAUUUUGCUAUCCCCUAUGUUAUCAUGUCAUGGAUGUUUCUUUCAACUCUUGACAAAUGAAUAUUGUAUUAGCACCUCAGUAUCGGUUUUAAAGGAUGGUAGUGGUAGUGGACCAAGAACUUUCAUAUGGGCUAACAUAACACAAGAUCCAGAAAUAAUAAGCUUGAUUGCUACAUAAAGCACAUAUUUAUGAAGCGUGCAUGCGUCCAACCGGUCAACAUACAAAAACAUGAGAUGCUUUAAAAAUCAAACAUAUGAAAAUCCUCUAAUAUAGUUUUUAUGUUUACAGCAUAUGAUUACUGACAUUAAGUUUAUAUUUUAGUAACAGAUGUUCAGCAUGCAUUGGCCUUCCUUUGUCCAACAUGAAAGUAGCCAAAGAGCUCACACUGAUCAGAUAAUGGAAUAUGCGUGUAUUUGAUACUGAAGGCAGGGGAGUUUUUCUUCUCUACUUUAAAAUAAAGUUUAACAGCACUGAAUAUACACAGCAAAGUUAACUUUAUUCUAUGUCAGGUGUAAAUGCCCAACCUGAUGAAACCCAUGCAUGAGCACACGUACCCACUAAAGAUACGUACAGGUAUGGAUCACAAUCUUCAGGAUACACAUUACAUUUAGUUUCCAUGGUGACAGCAGCUAUCCUCAAAGGCGGGCAGCAGCUGAGCAAUGGUUUGUUAAUUGGGGCGGGAAGGUUUGGUUGCAUGUAACGUAUGUUCAACACAUAUACAAGAACACACACAGGCAUGUAACCAUAGUGACAUGUAUGCACAGUAGUCACAUGUUAGCAGAGCCACUCUUCACUGUGCAUAUUUAUGAGUACCGUGUAAAAGCAAUUAUGAUGUAAGGAUCUUGUACAUUGUUAUGUUUAUGUCUAAAAUAUCUGUAGCAUCCCAUAAAUACUACAAUUCCCCACAAUGCAUUCUCUAUUAUCUGUUUAGAUACCGUAUUGCCUCAUAGCAGAGAGACACAGUCCUACAUAAGACAAGUGUCACUUGCCACUGUUAAAAACAACAUAUUAUAAGAAUGACCAAUGCUCCAUCUCCUGAGAGAAGCAUCAUAGAAAUCUCUCUCCUCUCUCCAUGAUAAUCCCAAGCUUAAGAAUGUGAAUGAAUAUGAUCCAUAUAGUUCAUGCUAACAUGAGCAGAGUUAGUUUACUGUGAACUUACUUAUUCUUCCUCAGCCCCUUGAAAUCUAAUUGAACACUUUAAAGAGCAGGUAUAUUUUAUGUCAUCACAACUUUCUCCAAUGUUAAUGAGAUGAGUGAAGAAGAACCUCACUGCCAAAUAAAUUCCCAAAGAAUACUGACCAAACUGUAAAAGCUUCCUGGCACAAAUAUAUAAGUAAAAUAUGCUAAUAAAAGAGUUCAUACAUUAUACAUGUAGGUGUUGAGUAAAAUUUGAUUCAGAAGUCAACAGAUGGUGAUCGACAUCCUUUUUUUAGUGUUGUGGUUAAGAGUAUAAUCACAAACCCUGAUUUCAUUUCCUUUUUUUAAUCACAGAGUUGAACCAUUUCAUAGUGCUCUCCCAUAGUGAGAGGAGCUGAGGUGUGAAAAGAAUAGCAAUGAGACAGAGGGAACCAUGUUUGUGCGCGUGUGUGUGUGUAUGACUGCUGUAGAGUCAGGGCAUUAGAGCUGUGUGGUUGCCACUUAAUGGAAAAGAAUGAACUGUUUCUGAUAUGAAUGUAUGCUUGUCGGGGAAUCCUGCUUUUCCUUUUUCUCCGUAUUCUAUCUGCAGUUCUGACUCUUAACAUGCAGCAGUAAGACCGAUUGUAACGCCAAGAAAUCUCUAAUCAUAUGAGAAAUUAAGAUUAUUUUAGCACACAUUUAAUCCUUUAAGUGCAGCUUCAUUUACAUCCUAUUCAUGAAGAGAGGGAUGGGAGGAGCAAUUUAUGAAUUUCAUUUAGCAUACUUCAAGUAAUUAGGCAAGGAUGGAUGGUUUGAGCUGGUGAGAAAAUGUAUUUUAUGCAGCAUCAUAGUGUCAGCUCCUAAAUGCACUAUGUCUCACUACAUAACGAUGUUUUGUAUUCAAGUUAAAUUUCUAAAAACUGCCCUUUGUUGCAGAUAAACUCAAGUAUUUGCUAAAAGUAUAUUAUAUUAUAUUAAAAUAAGAAAAUGUCUUAUGGCAUAACCACUGACUGCUAUAAUAGUUAACAUUUUCCAGAAGCCUCUGUUGAAUUCAGAUUGAAUCAUUCAAGUCUCCACCAAAAACUUGCUGUAAAUGGCUGCUCCUUUGGUUCUAUUCAUAAUUAAUUAAGUCUUUCCACAAUAAACUUGUGCAAUGCAUAUCACACUUUUAGGUGCAAGUGGCAGAGGUUAAAUUUUACAAUAGAAACAUGGUAAAAAUGCAAGGUUGGACCAUUACAUUACAUUUUGUCUCAACAACAGAAACAUUUGGUUGAUAUACCAACAGUUGGAUGUCAGUUCCUGGUUAACAUUUUGUUGCAUAUGUAUCUUUAUCUUAUGAAAAGUAUGGCAACAAUUUUAACCUUAAUUUUAAUCUUUUACCCUCUUACACCUAUUUACCUUAUUUACACCUAUAGUCCAUGGAGAUUUUAGAUCAGUCUGAGGUGACCUUUGAGUGUGUUACAUAAUAAAAAAAAUGGAUAAUUAAGUUUCACUUUUCAACACUAAGAUAAAGGGCAUUCAGACCACUCAAGCUGUCAUGAAGCAUCAUGCGAGCUUCUGCGAGCAUCAUUAGGUUUUCUAUAUUACGGUAGUCAGGGACCACUUUUCACUGAAACAACGAUGACAAUCAAUAUUCGAUGAAUAGGCAGCAAGCUCUAUUGUAGAAAACUGACAUUUAUUACAAAAAUUACAACCAUGUACAUUACACACAAAUCCUGACACAAGUAUUGAUACUAUAUACUAUAUAAAGCUUUUAGACAUCAUAGUGCAAAGAAACAACCAUUAUGUUGUGAUAUGAUACCUAGACUGUGAUACUGUGACAUUAGACCAAUGUAGAAACAAAAAACAUUAAUUUAAUUUUACAAGUCAUCCUUGUUUUUAUUUUAUUCAGGUACUCCCCUCCAUUUUCCAAGGGAGCCAUUGAAAAUAAUGAAAUCUAAUAGAAAAAAAGAGAAGCUUUUAAUUUCAAUUAGAUUAAUGUGGAGAAAUUCUGAUGUGAAUCAAAAGACUAAACCAUCACGCUUUAAGAAGAAAACACAAGUGACUUGUGUUAUUUCUCAUUUAUUGAGACCAAUUAAAAUGAAGAGCACAAGUUUUCAAGCAUUUCCAUAACAAGACUCCCAACUGUACAGUAAAUGCACUUAGUUGAAACCUGAAACAUCAAUUUGGAUGUCACACUAGCUGCUAAAUUUAUCUGUAAAGAGGUUCAAGUUUUUUUCAUUGUUUGUUAGAACCCCAGAGGACCCUUUUCAAGAACAUUUGGCCCAGUGAGAAACACUGCUUUAGCAAGUAGCCCAAUUCCACAUGGUCUGAAUCUAACACUGUAUUACGGGGUUGGGGUUGAUUCAGGAUGCCUUCCUGGUGUAAAACACACAUCACACAUGACAGUAUAAAAUAAACCAGUAUUAGAGCAUGAGACAAAUUAAAACCUAGUACAAAUUAAAAACAUAAACUAUAUUUUUUCUACGUUUUAAGCUCAGUGGAAUUGACCCCAACCUUGCCUAAGCCAUCAGUCUUUGUAAAGUACACUGUUUCCAGGGAAUUGAAAAAAGAUAUUUGAACGACCUUAGCCAGCUCUUAUACAAUGUUGUUUGUAGGUCCCGAGGCUGUCUGUUUUGUAAAAAAAAAAAAAAACAACACAUUUUUACCUGUUGACUUUCUAUGCUGUUGUUUCUGUAUAAAUGUUCUAUUGUUCAGUGCAUGUUGUAACUUUGGCGUUGUGACUGGUUGUGAUUCACACAGAGCCAGUACUUGUCACGUUAAAAAAAGUGUCUCAAUGUCCCAAGAUAUUUCUAUUUCUUAAGAAAAGCUACAUUUCCCUUGGAUGACUCAAAAUGAAUGAAAUAAAUCAGAUCACUUUACAUUUUGAUUAGGAAUUUCUGACUUUCAUUUUACUGAUAAUUAGCCGUUUUUGAUGCAAACCAAAAAAGGAAUGUGUAGUAAGAACAGUAAAUGUAUUAUAUUCUGACUAAGAAAUUAGAAUUUUCAUAGGCACACAUUCAGCCAUAUUAAUAAAAUGUUUACUCUGGAGACGAUUACAUUUGGUCCUUAUAACUUUAAAGGCGCAAGCGUUGACCAGCACUCUUUAACAGAACAAGUUUGGCAACCAGUGUUUGUAAUUAUUUUGGUCAGUUUGCAAUUAUACCGGCAGAUUGUUCUUUAUACAUGUGUAUGGGUAAACACGUACAGGAGUUAGGCUAACAGAAGGAAGGAGGAGGAGGUUAGAUGAAGAGGAAGCUGUGGGCUGUUGGGCAUGAGCAGGCCUCUAGCCUCCCCACACGCCUCCACACACCCCUGCAUCGAGGGUUUCCCACCGCCUGCCACUGGAGAGACUGUCUUCUGCAGGAAGGAAGGAGGGAGAAUCGAGUUAGUGGUCACAAGAUUUCUCUAUAAAUCCAAGUGAUAAACAAUGUCACCAUCUAG